AUGGUUCUAAGUGGCAAAUGCAUCAUCAAAGCGAUGGGGGACGGAACGUCCAGUUUGAAGUCGAACAAAAGCCGCGUCACCUUCUCCGAUAUGGAGACGAUCGAGAUGGAUUCGCUGGAGAUCGAGUUCGAUGACACACCGGAUGGACGCGAUCGCAGCACCAAUCAACGGUUGGAUCUGGAUGAUUCCGGAUUGCAGCAGAUACCGGACAUCUUUCUGCAAGCACCGAACGCCGUCGAAGAGCUGCUGGCCGGACGUAACAAACUGCAGGAGAUAGCUUUGCGAGCGUUGGGGCAGUUCACCUACCUGAAGGUCCUCCGUUUGAACGGCAAUGCGUUGAAGGAUUUUCCCGACAGCCUGUACCAUCUGCGGAACCUGCGGUUGUUGGAUUUGAGUGAGAACGAGAUACGAAAGCUACCGGACAGCAUGAGCGCGAUGAAAAGCGUGAUUCCCUCGAGAACGAUCGGGUCGAAUGUGGUUGACAUCGAUCUCCGGCGAGCUGCGAAGCGGCUCUCGGGUGCGCGCUCGCGCCAACGACGUUCUUCAUCGUUACGAAGGCGAACUUCCGGUGGCUGUGCACUGAAGCAGAAGGGCUUCAACUUCAAAUUAGGCACUAAGACUGCGACGGUCGGCGGGAACGUGGUGGCGGUGGAGCCGGUGAGCGUGAAGAUCCUAAACGAUGAUAGCCUCCGCUGGCCACCGGAGGAGCAGAGCCGCAACCGCAAGUGCUUCAUCUUGCAACGGUGGACACGCGCAGCACCAAACAUUGCCCUUCUCUAGCUGGACAAGGCGGAGGAAGGUUCGUCGACGAGGGCGACAGUGAGGGAAUUUGGGCUAAAGAGGAAGAACUUUAGCUACGGUAAGGAGGGAGGCUUGGAGGAGUUCAGCAUCGAGAGGAAUGAGCUACGCGAGCUACCGGACAGCUUGAAGGGAUUAACUAGCUUGAGGAUUUUGAAUGCCGCCUACAACCAGCUGGAACAGCUACCGUCCUUCAUGGUGAACAACAUGCGAUCGAUGAGUCUGUUUCAGCGAAACGACUCGCUUCGAAACGGACAUCAUCAGACCCAGGCGCAGCUGCGCGAUGCUAUUCAGAAGGGGGAAGACCGGCCGGACCAACCGCUGACGAAGGUUAACCUUCGAGGGAACCAGUUGAAAGGGAGCAUCAUACUCGGUAAUUAUGGGCUCCUGACGCAACUAGAUGUCAGUGAAAACUCGAUCGAAAUAAUGGACCUCUCGGCCUUGGACAAGCUCGAGACGAUACAGUGCUGUAGGAACAGUUUGCGCGAGCUUACCCUCAGCGGACGUAGUCUGCAUUCGUUGAUUGCCGGAAAUAACAAUUUAACCAAAAUCACUGUCCGGGCAACACCAACACACUUGAAGCACAUGGACCUCAGCUACAAUUGUUUGCAGGAGCUGCCGGAUUGGUUGGUUGGUUGCCACCAACUGCGGACGCUCUACGCGAACAACAACCAGAUCCACACGAUCUCGGAACAUCUGCUAAAUAACGAGCACGCCACCAUCCAGACACUCCAUCUGGCGUACAACCAACUUACCAGUUUCCCACCCAUGGUCAAACGGAAACUUCCGCUGCAGAAGCUGUACCUCCAGUGUAACCUCAUCGAGGAUCUGCCGGAAAACUUCUUCAUCGCCUGCGAGCGGCUAACAAUACUGAAUGUCUCGAGCAACAAGUUGAUGACGCUGCCCAUCAUUUUCGGAUCCAACUGUAGCCUGGAGCGACUGUACGCCACCAAUAACUCACUCACCGAUCGGGUGCUCGAUUCGUUGAUUUGUCUUCCACGCCUAAGGGUGCUACAUCUGGGUUACAAUUUACUAACGACGAUGCCGGAAACCUGCAUCAGUUGCUGGGGUGAUCUCGAGGAGCUCGUCAUAUCGGGCAACAAGCUGCGUCACCUGCCGGAGAAUCUUGCCAACAUGGCCAGCCUGCGUGUGUUGCGUGUUCACUCGAACCAGCUGCAGACGGUACCGAGUCUGGGCCGUACCAUCACGCUGCGAGUGCUCGAUUUGGCUCACAAUCAGCUGGAUAAGGUGAAUAUCGCCUCACUGGUACCUAGGAAUCUGCAGUUCUUGGAUCUUUCGGGCAAUAAGCAGCUACAGGUCGAUGCGCAACAGUUGAAGGCCUGCCGCAAUCAGCGUCCGAUGGCACUAGUGGAUGUGUCGGGUAAAAAUCGUCCAUCGCUUCCGACGACACCGCUACCCUACCAGGAACAGGAGGACUAUGAACCAUGCUGGAAGGUGGGCUUCGCCGAGACGAGCGGUUGCCUGCCGAAGCUAUGUAUCGCGCAGCUCCGAUUGCCUGGGUUCUGCAAUUCGGAAGGACUGUUUGGAUUGUUCGAUGGUGAGACCAGUAACGCCAUCCCGAACCUGCUCGUUAAGACAAUCCCGAAGAUACUGCUCGAGGAGCGCACGGUCAAGGAAACGGCCAACGAUUACAUGAAGUACACGCUGCUGUCGGCCCAUCGAGAGCUGAAGCAACGUGGUCAGCAGGAAGCGGUCAAUGUAACGCUCUGUCACAUUGCACGUAGCCGUGUGCCAACCGAGGCCAUGAGCUAUCUACCACAGGCAGUUGCCGCAGGACGUAAGUUUAUCCUGCGCGUGGCCACCGUCGGUGAGUGCUCGGCGGUGCUGAUCAAACACAAUCGCUGCGUAAUGCUGAACAAAGGCAGUCCUCAGCGUAAGCUCGGAUUAAGUGCCAACUUCCCAGUGACCGUACCUGAUCCGGAGGUACAAGAGGUGGUGCUGAGUGAUGCUGACGAGUAUCUGGUGCUUGGAAAUCGGAAGCUCUGGGAAGUGAUUACGAUGGACACGGUAGCAGAAGAGAUCCGGAAGGAGGAGAACAUAUUGCUGGCUGCGAAACGCGUUCAGGACAUCGCACAAAGUUAUGGCGCUGAGGAGAACCUCAGUGUAAUGAUCAUCCGAUUUAACAACCUCGGGACGGAUGUAGAUUUUUUGAUGCGCGAACUGAGACAGACGAUACGCAAAAAUCCACGCUCGGCAGCGGGUGGAACGGGAGGAAGUCUGAUAUCGGGGUUUUGUAAAUGUGGCUGCUGCUGUGAGACCAACAAUAGCUGUUGCCACUCUGCCGCCGCGGUCCAGUUUGUGAGGCAUCCGUCCGGUCGUAGUGACCGUUCGUCACCGAGCGGCCAAAGCGAUCAGACGAGUGGUAGUGAAACGGUUCUGUUACAGGCUGGUGGUGCACUGCAGGCGGCAUUACGUGCCAAAUCCGAUAGUUCCGUUGGUUCCGUUGGCUCGUUGGUAAGCAGAAGACCCAACAAUGCACAUCUGGCGAACGAAAGGCGUAGUCUGCGUGGUGGAGUCGUUCGAGCCGUUCGGGCCAAGAUCGAGGAGGAGAAGGAAAAGGAAAUCGAAGAAUCGGACUCGGCCAUGUCGGAAGAGCAGUUCAAAUGUUGGGAGUACAUGCUAGAACAGAACACACAAUUGCUGUUCGAUAAGGAGCUAAACACUAUUUCACGUGGAUUUACGACGACGAAGCGGCAAGCACCAUUGCCACCGCCAAUCGGUGGUGCCUCAGAUUCAGGCACUAGUAACACAUCUUCCUCGACCAGCACCUCCGUCGCGAGUAAUCUUACGAAACUGCAGCUAAAGAACCUUUCUACUAGCUCGCCCCAGUUAGUUCAGCUCGAAAGUGACAGUGGCCUAAACUCGUCCAUGGCCAGCGGGUACAGUACGAUGAUGACGACGGCGCGGGCUACACCGUUUCUCUCGAAGCAGUUCGGAUCGACCCGUUCCUUCCAUCCGGCGUCCUCGCAGAGCUACUUCAAACCGAUCCAGUACAACACGUCCGCCAACCCGGCCCGGAGACCAAUCAACACGGGCCCUAAUGCUGCUUACUUCGGUUCACUGCAACGAUUGAUGCCCUACAAUCUGGAGUACGAUCUAGCGACGGCGGCGGGACUACAACCCGAACGGUAUUCUGGUGGUUCGAAUGGAAACAUCGUCGAAGUCGAGAGUAGUACGCUCGAGCUGGACAAUAUCGAUCCGGAUGGAGGAAGAAUGCGUCAAUACUGGGGGGUCGCCACAACGGAGCUGUAAUCCCUUGGUUUUCGGAUGACUUCGCUGCCAGAAGG